AUGGGUCUAGACAAAGCUUUUGCUGCAAAGAAGAUAGGAUUUGCUGCGAGCAAAGGUAAGAACUUGAGCAUGGCUAGAGAAAUUCAAACCCUUGGGAAAAUUCGGCAUCGAAAUCUGGUAAAAUUGAAAGACUUUUGGUUGAGAAAAUAUUAUGGUAUAAUUUUGUUCAGCAACAUGGCAAAUGGAAGUCUUGACGAUGUUUUGCAUGGAAAGACACCACCACUAACCUUAGAGUGGAAUGUCAGGAAUAAGAUAACUGUUGGAAUUGCUCAUGGAUUGGUUUAUCUCCAUUAUGACUGCGAUCCUCCCAUAUUGCACCGAGACAUCAAGCCAAGCAAUAUACUUCUCGACUCUGAUAUGGAGCCUCACAUUGUUGACUUUGGUAUUGCCAAACUUCUGGAUCAAUCUUCUUCUGCUUCCGAUGCUUCUUCCAUUUAUGUUCCGAGUACAAUUGGUUAUAUUGCACCAUGUUGGAAUUCAGAGGAGAAAAGUUUUAGAAACCCUAAUUCGAGGAAGAAGAAGCAGUGUUACUUUUAA